AGAGCAGCGACCUCGCUCUCUUCAACUGCUUCACUUCCCAUUUUUUUCUGACUGAGCCGCUGCUGCUGUCGCCGUGAAGCAGGACAGCUCUUCACCUCCGCUCUUCAUCAGCUUAUCACCCCACCACAGGACGAGUGACUGCAUUACCUGCAAAUGGCCCCCCACUGGCUGAGCUGCUGCACUGCAGUGUUGCUACUCCUGGUUCACGUCGCCCCGGUCGUCACACAGACGUCCUGCAUGGGGGGAAUCCCAGGGAUUCCUGGGAUACCGGGCACCCAUGGGCCCAAUGGCAAAGACGGUCUCAAAGGAGAGAAGGGAGACCCUGGUGAAGCAGGCCAACCUGUCAGGGGCCAGAAGGGGGCGCCAGGUCUGCGGGGCCCCCCAGGACGGUCUGGGAUAAAGGGGGAUGUCGGUCUCUUGGGGCCCGUCGGAUUUCCAGGGCAUCAGGGGCCGAAGGGAAAACCGUUCAACCCUUCCAGCCAGGAGAGAUCCUACUUCUCCAGAAAACUGACGAUCUCACAAGGACCAGAGUUGGACAUGUCCAUCCACUUCAACGAAGGUAUUUUGCCGAACCUGGGUCAACAGUUUCAAGGAGAUUCGCUGACAAACGGGACGUUCACGUGCGACACAAAGGGCAUCUACUUCUUCAGUUACCACAUAUCAGCAAGGAGCAGAGUGUGUCUGAAGCUGUUGAAGGGCAGUGACACUCACCUGGCGCUGUGCGACGUGGCUGAAGGUUUCCUGGUCACAUCCGGUUCGGCGGUCCUGGAGCUGGAGGUCGGAGACACAGUCUCACUCCAGGCAACCAAGUACAACAACAUCGUGACGAGCCAGAGCAGCGCCAGCCACACCUUCACCGGCUUCCUGAUCUUCCCCACCGCCUAGGGUCGCAGCCUCUGAUCCACGCAGUCAUAGUCAAUGAAAUCACAGACUUUUGGUGACACUUACAGCAGUGAAAUGAAACGUGUUUUCUGUAACAGUACAAAGAGAAACAGAAUUAAUAAAGGUGCGUUGCAUGCAAAUCACAUGUACUUUAAACUACUGAUGUGCAUUUUACGAGAACAUAAUAUUUUAUACUGAAUUCCAACCUUUCGAGCAGACAGUGUGUUUUGUCUUCUGUAGUUUUUUGUCUUUUUAGGAAAAAAAAUCCAUUACAAGCUUUAUUCACUUUAUUCACUCUUUCAGUACAUUUUAAAGGCACAAUCUGUAAUUAAAAUAUAAACAAAUUGUCCCAGCUUCAAAAAAUUUUCAUGUUUGACUGACAUACAUGUGUUUCACACACUUUAACUCUCUGGUCUCCAGUAUGAGUUUGUUCAGUUAUAAGCACAGAAGAAACACACUUCAUUUUAAACUCUUGUAUCCUGUUUUCUCAAUAAACUUCAAGUUUCUACA